CCCAUUGUCAACUUUUUCCCACAAUUUGAUUUCUUUUCUUUUUUAAAUUUACUUUUGUUUUUUCGUGUCACUCUCCUCUUCAAGACACUGUUCUUCCCUCUCUCUCUCCCCACUCUCGGUCUAAACUCCAAACCCUCUUUCUCAGUUCAAAACCAACAACAGAGUGCAGAAAACGCAACAUCUUCAUUGCAGCACACACAUGGGGGCUUCUGAAAACAAUUUCCUCCACGUCAUUGCCAAGAACUUCGACGUUCUUGCACUGCCCUUAGUUACCCUCGUUUACCCUUUAUAUGCUUCAAUCCAGGCCAUAGAGACCAGGUCAAUUGCUGAUGACCAACAAUGGCUCACAUAUUGGGUUCUCUAUUCUUUGAUAACACUCUUUGAGCUCACUUUUGCCAAAGUUCUUGAAGUGCUUGCCAUAUGGCCCUAUGCCAAGUUGAUACUUAGUUGCUGGUUGGUUCUUCCACACUUUAAUGGCGCAGCGCAUGUUUAUAAGCAAUACAUUAGACCUUUCUAUAUGAACCCACAACUUCCGCACCUGCCGCAGAUGCCACGAACUUCUCACAUGUGGUAUGUUCCAAGAAAGAACAUAUUCAGCAAGCAAGACGAUGUUUUGACCGCGGCUGAGAGAUACAUGGAAGAGCAUGGAACAGAAGCCUUUGAAAGACUCAUAAGCAGGGAUAGAGAAGCUAGAGCAAGGCAUCAUGGAGCAUACACAAAUGGAAAUUACACAAUCUUCAAUGAUGAUUUUAUAUAUUAGACUUUGUUAACACAAAUUUCUCUCAUUUGUGGCAUUGUCAGUUGCAUAUAUUUUAGUAGUUGUAUAAUGGUAUGAGAUACAAACGCUUUUACUGACCUUAAUUUCCUUUACAUUAAUUUUUCAAUAGGCAUCUACCUAGUACAUUGAGAUAGCUUAAGUUCUUAUGCACAAGGUAUGUACUAUGUAGUGAUCUAAUUUUGUUAAGCUUUAUUUUUUUGUUCUCC